UCAAGUGACAUUUGGGUCUGGCUGGGAUUUUUUUGGUUUUUGUUUUUCUUUAGAGUAUCUGGCAGUGAGGAACACACUGAUCACUGGAGCCCUUGGUGCCCCGCCUCGGUUCAGACUAAGACAUAGCGCUUUUACUCACCAUUGUUUUUCCAUCAUUGAUGAAAAAAGUCAACGUAAACAAAUCAAAUAAGUCUGCCUUGUUAGGAUAAUUGUUUAAACCUUGCAGAUCCCCCGAAAGAGUCCCUAGGAAUCAUCCCUCCCCGAGGCGGGUGUUAGGGACACCUUGAGAACCACUGCGCGUUAGCACAUUAAGAAAUCACAGAUCUUUCUUUUCAGCGUUAUUAAUGCUUGAGGCUUAUUUAUUAAAGAUUUGAUCACUGAAACGCCAAAAACGAUACAUGCCAAGGCGUCGAACACAUCCAAGGGGAAAGCCUAUUGCGCUCUAAAGCUCAUACAGCUCUAAAGCUCAUGCAGAAAGAAAAUAAUUUGGGGUGGGGAGGAGAAAGAAAGAAAACGGGAUUUAGAAGGCCGGCCGGGGCUUGUCGUUACCAGUGGCAACGAUCCUCAGCGAGAGAUGCGAACAUCGACUAGUGAUGCCUUGCCUUGACCAGCGAGGGGAGAGGGCGGGGCGGAUGGAGCCGGAAGACCUCUUUGGGCCUGUGGUCGCCGGGGUUUUCAUUUGCGAGGCCGCUCGCUCGUUCUGCGAUCUAUUGAGAGUGUCUUCUGGAGCCCGUGAGGAGAAGACUGAUGUGGAAGGAACCUUGUUUGUUUAUACGAGGUCUGCUUCUCCAGAACACGGAUUCACCAUUAUGAAUAGGCUGAGCAUGGAAAAUAGAACAGAACCCAUUACUAAAGACCUGGAUUUCCAACUCCAGGAUCCUUUCCUUCUCUACAGAAAUGCCAGAUUGUCCAUUUAUGGAAUCUGGUUUUAUGAUAAGGAAGAAUGCCAAAGAAUUGCAGAGCUUAUGAAAAACCUAACUCAGUAUGAACAGUUGAAAGCCCAUCAGGGUGCUGGGACAGGAAUCUCCCCAAUGAUCCUCAAUUCAGGAGAGGGCAAAGAAGUGGAUAUCUUACAAAUGCUCACCAAGGCCAAAGAUGAAUAUACAAAGUGUAAAACCUGCUCUGAGCCAAAGCAGAUAACCAGUUCAUCUGCCAUCUAUGACAACCCUAAUCUCAUCAAACCAAUCCCAGUGAAGCCCAGGGGCAGCCAGCAGCAACACAUACCUCCUGGCAAGACUUCAGAUCCUGAACCCCAACACUUAUCCCUGAUAACCCUGUUUGGAAAGCAAAACAAAGCUACCAACCAGGAAACUGUGGAUCCCCAGCAGCAGCGAGAGAAGCUUCCAGUCCGGCAGGGCAUCGUGCGCUCCCUCUCCUACGAGGAGCCCAGAAGGCUCUCGCCCCCUGUGGAGAAGCAGCUGUGUCCAGCCAUUCAGAAACUCAUGGUCAGGAGUGUGGACCUGCAGCCGCUGUCAGAGCUGCCUGAACAGCGGCCCUGUGAGAAUGGCGGCGCCCAUCCUGCAGGGGAAGUUGCUGCUGUACUCACCCAGCAAGAGUCUCCCCAUAACAUCGGAACUAUGCAUGCUGGACACAGUGCUUCUGGGACCCAGAACUUGUUAGAGAAGCUCCAGAGUGCCCCGGAACCAGCAGCCAAGCAUGAUGCCAGCACACCUGCACCCACCAAUCUGGCUGCCCCUGGUACCCACAGAGCCCUCUCUGCUGCUGCCCCUGUGGCUGCAGUUCAGGGUCUGGCCCAGCCGCAGCUGGUAUAUUUCAGUAGCUCUCUUGCACCUCAGAUGCUAGGACAUGAGGCUCACAGUAAGGGACAGUACACAUUGCCGAGACAAACGCUGCCUCUGGUUGGCAAUCAGACAAGCAGCCCUGGGGUGGUCUCCCCUCAGGAGCUGCUAAGCAGGCUCCAGGUGGUGCAGCAGGAGCAGCAGCUGCAGGCAGCUCCCCGGCCAGCCCUGGCAGCCAAGUUCCCUGCCGUGACCCAGAGCUGCAGGGCAGGGAAACCCUUGGAGUCCUGGAUCAGCAACACAUCCAGCACAGAGAAGCAGGCUCCUCUUCUGCAGGUCAUCUCGCCUCAGCACGUCCCAGCUACAGUGGCUCCUUCCGUGCUCAUGUCCCCCAUGAUAUUCACGCAAGCCACCUGUGCCCCACCAAGGGAGAGAGAUGGCGGGCUGCUGCCCCUGCAGAGCCCAGAGCCCUCCGUGGUCGCCAGCAGCCCACUCACCAGGCCACAACUCCAGGAAGCACUGCUGUACCUCAUCCAGAAUGACGACAAUUUCCUAAAUAUCAUCUACGAAGCCUAUUUCUUCAGCAUGACACAACCAGCCAUGAAAAAGACUAUGUGAAAGCAAAUCCUUUGAAAAGAUGAUUUUCAGGGUCCUUACAGAUCUCCUGCAUGAGGCUCUUUCAUGUGAAGUGGUAUGGCCUAAAAUGUUUCUUCCUUUUUAAAAAAAAUAUUGUAAUAAAAAAUCAGAUGUUUUUGUAUAGCC